AUGCCCUCGGACUUCAUCUCUUUGCUCAGCGCGGACCUAGACCUGGAAUCGCCCAAGUCGCUGUACUCGCGAGAUUCUCUGAAGUUACACCCAUCACAGAAUUUUCAUAGAGUUGGACUAUUGGAAGAAUCUGUCUAUGAUCUUCUCCCAAAGGAGUUACAGUUACCUCCAUCUAGAGAAACAUCUGUAGCAUCAAUGAGUCAGACAAGUGGUGGUGAGGCAGGCUCGCCUCCUCCAGCUGUAGUUGCUGCUGAUGCUUCUUCAGCUCCCUCCUCUUCCUCCAUGGGCGGUGCUUGCAGCUCCUUUACCACCUCUUCCAGCCCUACCAUUUAUUCUACCUCAGUCACCGACAGCAAGGCUAUGCAAGUGGAGAGCUGCUCCUCAGCCUUGGGGGUAAGUAACAGAGGGGUAAGUGAAAAGCAGUUAACCAGUAACACAGUUCAGCAGCAUCCAUCAACACCGAAGAGGCACACAGUCUUGUACAUCUCACCACCACCUGAGGACUUGCUGGAUAACAGUCGGAUGUCCUGCCAGGAUGAGGGGUGUGGAUUGGAAUCUGAGCAGAGCUGCAGUAUGUGGAUGGAGGAUUCCCCCUCCAACUUCAGUAACAUGAGCACCAGUUCCUACAAUGAUAACACUGAGGUACCUCGUAAAUCACGAAAACGAAAUCCAAAGCAGAGGCCGGGGGUCAAACGACGAGAUUGUGAAGAAUCUAAUAUGGAUAUAUUUGAUGCCGACAGUGCCAAAGCACCUCACUAUGUGCUUUCUCAGCUUACCACGGACAACAAAGGCAACUCAAAAGCAGGAAAUGGAACUUUGGAAAACCAAAAAGGAACUGGAGUAAAGAAGAGCCCUAUGUUGUGUGGACAGUAUCCUGUUAAAAGUGAGGGGAAGGAACUGAAGAUAGUUGUACAGCCUGAGACCCAGCACCGAGCUCGGUACUUGACUGAGGGUAGCCGUGGCUCAGUAAAGGAUAGAACACAGCAAGGCUUUCCUACAGUAAAGCUGGAAGGUCAUAAUGAGCCAGUAGUGUUGCAAGUGUUUGUGGGCAAUGAUUCUGGUCGAGUGAAGCCACAUGGAUUUUAUCAAGCCUGCAGAGUAACUGGGCGAAAUACAACUCCCUGCAAAGAAGUAGACAUUGAAGGCACUACUGUUAUAGAAGUUGGCCUUGAUCCGAGCAACAACAUGACACUGGCGGUGGAUUGUGUAGGGAUAUUAAAGUUGAGGAAUGCUGAUGUUGAAGCCAGAAUAGGAAUUGCUGGUUCCAAGAAGAAAAGCACUCGCGCCAGAUUGGUUUUUCGAGUUAAUAUCACAAGGAAAGAUGGAUCCACUUUGACGCUGCAAACGCCCUCUUCUCCAAUUUUGUGUACUCAGCCAGCAGGAGUGCCAGAAAUCUUAAAGAAGAGCUUACAUAGCUGUUCAGUGAAAGGAGAGGAAGAAGUAUUUUUAAUUGGCAAGAACUUUCUGAAAGGAACUAAAGUUAUUUUCCAAGAAAAUGUUUCUGAUGAAAACUCUUGGAAGUCAGAAGCUGAAAUCGACAUGGAGUUAUUUCAUCAGAAUCAUCUUAUUGUGAAGGUUCCUCCAUAUCAUGACCAGCAUAUAACUUUGCCUGUGUCAGUGGGAAUAUACGUAGUGACCAAUGCUGGAAGAUCUCAUGAUGUUCAGUCAUUCACUUACACUCCAGACCCAGCAGCAGCUGGUGCUUUGAAUAUAAAUGUGAAGAAGGAGAUAUCUAGUCCAGCAAGACCUUGCUCUUUUGAGGAGGCCAUGAAAGCAAUGAAAACUACUGGAUGUAACUUAGAUAAGGUUAAUAUUCUUCCUAAUGCUCUGAUUACGCCACUCAUAUCAAGCAGUAUGAUUAAGAGUGAAGAUGUUACUCCAAUGGAAGUAACAGCAGAAAAAAGAUCUUCUCCCAUUUUUAAGAGUACAAAAACAGUUGGAUCAACUCAACAAACAUUAGAAAAUAUUUCAAGUAUAGCAGGAAAUGGAUCUUUUUCAUCAUCAUCAUCUUCAUCUUCCCACUUACCUUCUGAAAAUGAAAAGCAGCAGCAGAUACAGCCCAAGCCAUACAACCCAGAGACCCUGACAACUAUUCAAACACAGGACAUUUCACAGCCUGGCAGCUUUCCAGCAGUAUCUGCUUCUAAUCAGCUACCUAACAGUGAUGCAUUACUACAGCAGGCUACACCGUUUCAGACAAGAGAAACUCAAUCUAGAGAGGUAUUACAGUCAGAUGGCACAGUGGUCAACUUGUCACACCUGGCUGAGGCGUCACAGCAACAGCAGCAGUCACCACUACAGGAACAAGCACAGACUUUACAGCAACAAAUUUCGUCAAAUAUUUUCCCACCACCAAAUAGCGUCAGUCAGCUACAGAAUACAAUUCAGCAGUUGCAGGCAGGAAAUUUUACAGGUAGUACUGCUAGUGGCAGCAGUGGUAAUGUUGACUUGGUCCAACAAGUUUUAGAGGCACAGCAGCAAUUAUCAUCAGUGUUGUUUUCUGCUCCAGAUGGUAACGAAAAUGUCCAAGAACAGCUCAGUGCAGACAUCUUUCAACAAGUCAGUCAAAUUCAAAAUAGCGUAAGCCCUGGAAUGUUUUCCUCAACAGAGCCAACAGUCCAUACAAGACCAGAUAAUUUAAUAGCUGGAAGAGCUGAAAGUGUUCACCCACAGACUGAAAACACAUUAUCUAAUCAGCAACAGCAACAACAGCAACAGCAAGUAAUGGAAUCAUCAGCUGCAAUGGUGAUGGAAAUGCAACAGAGUAUCUGCCAGGCAGCUGCUCAGAUUCAGUCAGAGUUGUUCCCUUCAAGUGCUUCUGCAAAUGGAAACCUUCAGCAGUCUCCAGUUUACCAACAGACCACUCAUAUAAUGAGUGCAUUACCUACCAGUGAGGAUAUGCAAAUGCAGUGUGAAUUGUUUUCUUCUCCUCCUGCAGUUUCUGGCAAUGAAACUGCUACAACUACCACACAGCAGGUUGCAACCCCUGGCACUACCAUGUUUCAAACAUCAAGUUCAGGAGAUGGAGAGGAAACUGGAGCACAAGCAAAACAGAUUCAAAACAGUGUCUUUCAGACCAUGGUCCAAAUGCAACAUAGUGGGGACAAUCAACCUCAAGUUAACCUUUUUUCAUCAACAAAAAAUAUGAUGAGUGUUCCGAAUAGUGGUACCCAGCAACAAGGUAAUGGUUUAUUCCAGCAAGGUAAUGAGAUAAUGUCACUCCAAUCUGGGAAUUUUUUGCAGCAGUCUUCUCAUUCACAGGCACAACUUUUUCAUCCUCAGAAUCCUAUUGCUGAUGCUCAGAACCUUUCCCAGGAAACUCCAGGUUCUAUUUUUCAUAGUCCAAGUCCUAUUGUCCACAGCCAGACUUCUACAACCUCCUCUGAACAAAUGCAGACUCCAAUGUUUCAUUCUCAAAGUACCAUGGCUGUAUUACAGAGCUCUUCUGUGUCUCAGGAGCAGCAGUCAGCCAACAUAUUUCUUUCCCAGAGUCCAAUAAAUAAUCUUCAGACUAACACAGUAACCCAAGAAGAACAGAUUUCAUUUUUUACAGCUCAGAACUCAAUUUCUCCACUUCAGUCAACUUCAAACACUGAGCAGCAAGCUGCUUUCCAGCAACAAGCUCCAAUACCACACAUGCAGAACCCUAUGCUUUCCCAAGAACAGGCACAAUCCUCCCAACAAGGUCUAUUUCAGCCUCAAGUAUCCCUGGGCUCCCUUCCUCCUAAUCCUAUGCCUCAGAACCAACAAGGAUCAAUCUUCCAGUCACAGCACCCAAUAGUUGCCAUCCAGAAUAACUCUCCUUCUCAGGAGCAACAGCAGCAACAGCAGCAGCAGCAGCAGCAGCAGCAACAGCAGCAGAGCAUUUUAUUCAGUAACCAAAAUACCAUGGCUACAAUGGCAUCUCAGAAGCAACCACCACCAAACAUGAUAUUCAACCCAAGUCAGAAUCCAAUGGCUAAUCAGGAGCAACAGAACCAAUCCAUUUUUCACCAACAAAAUAAUAUGGCCCAAAUGAAUCAAGAGCAGCAGCCCAUGCAGUUUCAGAACCAGCCCACAGUUUCCUCACUUCAGAACCCAGGUCCUACCCAGUCUGAAUCAUCACAGACUUCCUUGUUCCAUAGCUCUCCUCAGAUUCAGUUGGUUCAAGGGUCACCCAGUUCUCAAGAACAGCAAGUAACACUCUUCCUCUCUCCAGCAUCCAUGUCUGCACUGCAGACCAGUAUAAACCAACAAGACAUGCAACAGUCUCCUCUUUAUUCCCCUCAGAACAACAUGCCUGGAAUCCAGGGAGCCACCUCUUCACCUCAGCCACAGGCUACUUUAUUUCAUAACACUACAGGAGGUACAAUGAACCAACUACAGAAUUCUCCAGGCUCAUCUCAGCAGACAUCAGGAAUGUUCUUAUUUGGAAUUCAGAAUAACUGUAGUCAGCUUUUAUCUUCUGGACCAGCAACAUUGCCAGAUCAGUUGAUGGCUAUAAGUCAGCCAGGUCAACCACAAAAUGAGGGGCAGUCUUCUGUGACAACACUUCUCUCUCAGCAAAUGCCAGAGAGUUCUCCUCUGGCACCCUCUAUAAACACCAACCAAAACAUUGAAAAGAUUGAUUUGCUUGUUUCAUUGCAAAAUCAAGGGAACAAUUUGACUGGCUCGUUUUAACUGGAGAUAAAUUCCUUGAAGAAAAUCCUGAUUCCAAGAUGUCCUGAGAUCUUGUGGUUCCAUGAGGAUUAUUAAACUGUUACUUUAAAAGCAUAAGAAAAUAUGAAAAACUGUGAUUGAGUAAAAAGGGAUAGAUUUUACUCUGACUGCAAAAGAGCACACCUAUGCUGCCUGUUGCAGUGAUUAGCCACCGUUGUUAAUGUCUUCAUAUUUUAUAUUCCUAAUAACAGUGAUAACUGAGUCUGUUUGAGUUUCCAGCUGACAGAGUUAAUUGUUGCUAUUUUCCUAGGCAUUAUUUCUUUUAAAGUACAGUUUAAAUUUAAAAGCUGGACCACUCAGUUAUUAUUGCUAUUAGAAAAAUAACUCACUGUCAUGUUUACUUCUGUUCCUCAUUUUUUUUUCCCUGCAUUGUUUUAUUCAAGUAAUGGCUUUUGAGAAAGUAAAGUUUAAAUAGUAACAAAAGCUGUGGUUUUUCAGUACAAAAAGCACAGCUAUUGGCCAAAGUGAAGGAAUCUUUUCUCAGUUUUUAUGGAGAAAGUGAAAGGCUAAUAUUCUGAUAAAUAAGCCGUAUUAAGAGCUCUACACAGAUAAGAGGCCUCUUUAUUUAACACAAAAGCAAACAACAUACAAACUGGGAACAGCUGGAAUGUUAUUGAUUUUAUUUUUCAGAGGUUUUUAAUUUUCUGUGUUUCUAUUAAAGGGUUUAGCCAUAACCGCAUAGAAAAAUAAUUAUCUUGCUCUAUAGGAAAUAAAGGGGAGAAUAUAUGGUAAACUGUAUUCUGAUGUCCUCCCACAAUAGUUUAAACUUACAGAAACAAUUUUUAGUCUGUUUUCUUCUUAAUCAAGACUUGGGCUGAUAAUCCGUCUUAUAUUCAUCUGUAUUAUUCUUCCUCCUUUUUCCCCAUUUAAUUUUAGUCUAUUAGUAAUGACCCUGUAACAACACAAUGGAAAAGGCCACUUAGAUCUGGGAUGACCCAGCAAUUCCUGCAGCACAUUUGAGUGGUCCCUUUUCAGGAAUGAGAGGAGCUGAUUCCUGAAAAGCAAGAAACAAUGCAUUUUUUCCCCCAUGAACGGUGCUGUUCUGAAUUCAGUUUUUUCCUUCUAUUAGGAAGCUAUUAAACUUUAAUUAAAAGAAGACAAACUAAAAUUUCUUGAAAUAUCACUUCUCCCUGAGCUGCAGUGAGUGUAAUUCACUUGUCACCUCAGUGCUUUACCAUUUGAAGUGGUCACUUAUCUGAUGGUUCCCACAAGCCUUAGGCUUUACAGGGCCAUAUCAUUGACUUAAAAUGAAGAAUUAACUCAUAUUGCAACUAUAAAGAGCAAAAUAACACUCCAGAAUCUGCAGUUGUAGCGUUAGUUAUACAGUUUUGGGUGUUCUCACCACCCAUGGGAUGCCUGCUUCUCACUACAACCUGUUAUCUGGACAUGUGCUUUUAUCUUACUUUUCUUUUGGCAUGUAGUAAGCUGUCAAUACAGUUUAAGGCCAAAUUGUGUGUGGCUUCUAUAUGUAGAUAAGAUGUUUUGGUAUUUUUGUCCAUUUCAUUUAUUUUUUAAUUGUACAAAAAAAAAUAGCCUGUUAAUUGUUUGUUGAAGGCUACUUUUCUAUUUUUUUCCUAUCCUAAUUUAGUUGAACUUUGUGGUAUUGUGGUGUUGGUUUAUACAACCAGAUUUUUUCCCCAUUUUUGUGAUGGUCUUCCUUGAGUGUGCUCUUCUUCUAAUUUGUUUUUCUCUUUGUUAUCAUAUAUUCUUCCCUCUACCCUCAACCCUUUCUUUCUUUCUCUCUCUGAUUGAGAGGUAUUGAAUUACGUUUUCAGUAGUACAGGCUUCUUGCCGAUAUGAAGGGAACUUUUCAGAAAGAGACCUACUCUGGGUCAUUUAAUUUUGAAUACAGUUUUCAAUCGUUCAAGUUUUGGAUGGUUUAUAUCUAAUGUGUGUUUCAUUUUUUUGGAAAGCUAUAUUUUGUAUUUAGGA